AUGCGCCACCGUAGGUUUAAGAUUGUCCAUAGUGGCUUUGUUUCAUUUAAGCCUAAGGUAUCACCGGUGGAAUUAAGGUUGUCCACCGGCUCGACUCUGGCAACGUUUCAACUGUGCAGUAGUGUCCAAACAGGUAGGCUUGAAAGAGGAGGUAAGGCGAGAUUUAAGGAGAAUUUGGACAAGGUGGUGAGAGGUGUGUUUAGUUCGGAGAAGAUCGUCAUAACAAGUGACUUUAAUGAGCACAUUAGGGUCUUACCGGGAGGCUAUAAUGAUAUGCAUGGUGGUUUUAUCUUUAGUGAUAGAAAUGGCGAGGAAGCUGCCCUGUUAGAUUUUGCGAGGGCCUUUAGGCUGGUGCUAGUAAAUUCGAGCUUUUCGAAGAAGGAGGAUUACCUGAUUACCUUCCGAAGCGCGAUAGCCAAGACUCAAAUCGGCUUUCUGCUACUUAGGACGGGGGAUAGGAUGCUAUGUAAGGACUAUAAGGUCAUUCUGAGUGAGCACCUCUCGGACCAGCACAGGCUUCUUGUGAUGAACUUUUCUAUCAAGAAGAGCAAGAAGAAAUAG